AUUUUUUAUUUAAAAAAUGACAUGGUAAUCACAAGAAAACUUUCUAGAAACAAGACUUCUUAACUGAAUUAUCCAAAAUUAUUCUUAGUGAAUAAAAUUCAGUUCCAGAAGGGCUUGGAAGCUGCAAGGAAUUCCACCUAAGUAUUAAUUUGUACAAAAUUAAUUAGCAUGAAUAACAAACCAUAUAAGAUGACAAAAGCCACAAAGGCCAGUGCUGAAAAACAAGCUAUGGAUUGUGGAACUCCCCCAAAAAAGGAACACCUUGAAAACAGGUUAACUAUUCAUGAUUUUAUGAAAAUACAGCAACUUUUUCAGUCCUCAGAAUCCAGUGGAAACAGGGGUCUGAUGUCUCGAGAAUCAUUUGUCAAUACAAUGUCUGCAACAAUUAAGCAAGGCACUAAGGAGGAAUACGGUGAGCUUUUUGAUAAGAUAGAUUUGAUCCGGGAUGGCCUUAUCGAUUGGGAUAAAUUGACUUCCUUUGUGCUUCUUGAGCUAUAUGAAAGAGAUGAACGAACCAAGAUGUCGGUUGUUCCCCAAUGGAAAGAUCUCCGUUUUCUCCCAACCAUACAUAAAGAUGUCAUUCAGAAUGUGAUAUGUUUUAAACACCCCAGCAAAUACUUGACUGUGAGCAGAAAUGGAUUGCUUGGUCUCUGGGGAGAAAGUUUAAAGUUACAAAAGAUGGUGCAAAUCACGACAGAAGCCGUGAAACCCAAAGACCUCUGGGUGACCUCUCUGGUUGCCUUACCAAACGUUAACAAGGUAGCUGUUGCAUUUACAAACAAAGAGAUCCUUUUUGCAGAGUUAAGUUUCAAAAAAGGGUUCUCGUGUCAAUACAGGCUUCAAGGCUUUGAGGGAACAGUGACUUGCAUGCACUAUUGGUAUAACCCUCAUGAUGGAAAUGAAGCUAUUCUGACCCUGGGAGAUGUCUGUGGACAGCUCUGUCCUAUUUCAGUUUUGUACAGCUCAUCUUUAGAUGCAUUCUUGUCUGUUACCACCAGUAGCUCAAAGACUUUGGCACUGGCCUGGAGGGAAAAAUUAAGUCCUUGCCUAACAAUGACAGCUUUCCAUAUUGACCAAGGGGUCAAUACUUUUGACUUUCAUUCCAGGCUUAACUUAAUAGCAACUGCAGGAAUUAAUUGCUCCGUCUGCCUUUGGAAUCCUUAUGUCACAUCAAAACCUGCUGGAAUCCUGACAGGCCAUUCAGACAGCGUAAUAGCUGUCCAGUUCAUUACUGAGCGCAAACUGCUCUUCAGCUUUGCCAAGGAUAAGAUAUUAAGGCUUUGGGACAUUCAGCAUCAACUUUGCGUGCAAAGGAUUGCCGGAUCCUUCCCCAAAAGUGUGGACUUUCACUCCACCCUUUUUUUCCAUGAAUCACAAGGUCUCCUAUUCAUCUCAAUGAACAACCAACUGAUGGUAUUGGAAAUGGAACACGAAUUAGGGAAAAGGAGAGUGGCAAGUCACAAGAAAGCUGUGACUUGCCUCCUGUAUAAUUCCAUGCUCCAACAGGUAAUCAGCUCAGAUACUGGAUCUACAGUUAUCUUCUGGUUGAUUGACACUGGGCAGAAAAUCAAAGAGUUUACUGGUUGUCAUGGCAAUGCAGAGAUCAGCACUAUGGCUCUUGACGGGACUGAGACCCGGCUUUUCACCGGGGGCACAGAUGGAGCAGUCAAGAUCAAACAAGGUAUGCUAAAUCAAGGCCUCAUCACACAAAAUACUUCAAUUGGCCCAAUGUAA